GGCAGCGCUGCUCUCCAUUGAAGAAGAACUGAAGAGGCAUCAAGCACACGCAUCGCCUUUGCAGCAACUCAGUCUCUACAGAAGAAGGUCGAUGGUGGUUCUCCGUUGAAAAUUCGCAUUCUUACCCACUUCAUUGUUGACGGACGUCCGCCGACUACGGUAUCAGCUUCCCUCAGACUUCCAGUAAUACACACUCUUCCCAGUUGGAGACCAGCUCCACCUAUCACACCCAGCAGCCAUGGCAGAUGAUUCAGAUAUGCGUAAUGAGUUAUCGGACAUGCAGCAACGUGCAGACCAGCUGGCCGAUGAGUCACUGGAAAGCACCCGUCGUAUGCUGCAGCUAGUGGAAGAGAGUAAAGAUGCUGGUAUCAGGACUUUGGUUAUGCUGGAUGAGCAGGGAGAGCAACUGGAACGCAUCGAGGAGGGAAUGGACCAAAUCAAUAAGGACAUGAAGGAUGCAGAAAAGAAUUUGAACGAUCUAGGAAAAUUCUGUGGUCUUUGUUCCUGUCCAUGUAACAAAAUGAAGAGUGGGGCCAGCAAGGCCUGGGGAAACAACCAGGAUGGAGUGGUGGCGAGCCAGCCCGCCCGUGUAGUGGAUGAGCGCGAACAGAUGGCCAUCAGCGGAGGCUUUAUCCGCAGGGUAACAGAUGAUGCCCGGGAAAAUGAGAUGGAUGAAAACUUAGAGCAGGUGGGAGGCAUCAUUGGUAACCUGCGCCACAUGGCCCUUGAUAUGGGCAAUGAGAUUGAUACCCAAAACCGCCAGGUCGACAGGAUCAUGGAGAAGGCUGAUUCCAACAAGACCAGGAUUGACGAAGCCAACCAGAGGGCCACAAAGAUGCUCGGCAGUGGCUAAGCCUCUGGUCUGCCUGCUUUUACCAGCUGUGCAGUUUGUCGUAAAGGCAAUGCGCUUAUCAUGGUAUUUACCUUCUAGGUUUGCACACAUGCACAUAUCACCCGGCCCCCAUUGUAAAUGUCGUUCUAUGUGUCGUCUGUCAGCUUUUUCAAUGAUUGUCCUCGUAAAUGAUUUCUUAAACACCGUAUCAUUCUUUCCAAAGGUUGUAUAUAGUACUGACUCGAUGGUUCAUGCACACUUGUGACGUUUUUAUUCUCUUUAUCAGCUAUAUGCAUAUACGUAUGUAUGUAUA